CCUCCCCUCUAAUUGGCUUUUCCAUCCGCAAAUCAGCGCGGUCCUUUCGCAACGUCGCGUUGCUGCAGCGACCCCGGACACACGUGAAGCGGUUGCGCAUGCGCGAGCGCCCCCCGCGCCCCCCCAGCCAUGGCGGGCCGGGGCCGCGGCCGGGGCCGGGGGCAGAUGACGUUCAACGUGGAGGCCGUGGGCAUCGGGAAGGGGGAGGCGCUGCCCCCCCCCACGCUCCAGCCCUCCCCGCUCUUCCCGCCCCUGGAGCACCGCGCGGCCCCGCUGCCGGGGGGCGAGGAGGGCGAGUACAUGUUAGCGCUGAAGCAGGAGCUGAGGGGGGCCAUGAGGAACCUCCCCUACUUCGUAAAGCCUGGGGCACCCCGGAGAGAUAUCGAGCGCUACUCGGACAAGUACCAGCUCUCCAGCCCCGUUGACAGCGCCAUUGACUGGAACCCAGACUGGAGGCGGCUGCCGCACGAGCUGAAGAUCCGGGUGCGACGGCUACGGAAGAACCGAGCCACCAUCCUCGUUCCCAAGUGCAAGGAGCGGGUGGCGCUCGACAAGGAGGAGGCCAUAAAGAAGCUGGAGAGUCUGGAGAAGAAGGAGGAGGAGGUGACAUCGGAGGAGGAAGAGGAGAAGGAAGAGGAGGAGGAAGGGAAGGAGGAGGAGGAAGAGGAGUACGACGAGGAAGAGCACGAAGAGGAGACCGACUACAUCAUGUCCUACUUCGACAAUGGGGAGGACUUUGGUGCUGACAGUGAUGACAACAUGGACGAGGCCGUCUACUGACCCCCCCCUGGACAUUGGGGUCCCCUGUCACCCCCCCAGGACAUUGGGGUCCCCUGUCCCCGCCCUGGACAUUG